UAAGAGAUCUGGAACUGCACCUAAGUCAGACAAACCUUCAGCAGCCUGUGCAUUUCGGUCAUGACACAGUUUUUUUUGCUGUUCAGUAUAAUUUCAUCCCUGCCAAUUGGCGAAAUUAUUGCCAGCAAAGUCAAUUACAAAGAGAUGAAUGUCUCAGACCCUCAGGGAGCCUCGUCUCGCGGUCCGCACAUUACUUACCAGUACAUAGACCAAGCGACGUUCACCAAUGAAGGGACUAAGAAGUUGGAUGAAAAGAUUCAGCGAGUAGACGAACGUUUAACGCGACUCAUCGCCCUGUUCAUUCUACAGAGGAAAGCUGGUACGUCAUCGUUCCGUGGUGGUGACGACUAUAAGAAGCAAGACGAAAGUUUAGAGCGCGUGAACGAUGGAUUAACGAAAGUGCUUGGCUUGUUGCAGAACAUCGCUGGAUCUUCGUCGAGCAUGAAGAAUGACGAUGUUAAGAAACUCAUCAAAGACUCUCUACAAAACAAGGCUGGGAUGCCAUGGAUUCCGAACAAAGAAAAGGUAGCAUCGUCUUGCAAAGAGAUUUAUUCAAAAAACAGGUUUUUGGGAAACAAUGCUUACCUGCUUCAGACUGAUUGUGGGUAUGUCCCUAUUUACUGUCACAUGACCAACUCUGGCAUGGGCGCAUGUGGAGGAGGUGGAUGGACGCUGGUCAUGAAGAUUGACGGCCAAAAGCGGACUUUUCACUACGACUCACAAUACUGGAGCAAUAAGGAAAGCCACAAUUUAGAAGGAGGAAUGACUGGAUUUGACAGACAAGAGACCAAACUGCCAACCUACUGGAACACACCCUUCUCCAAGAUCUGUCUCGGAAUGAAGGUCGGCCUCCAACCUGUCAGAUUCAUUGUCAUGAACACCCACGCGAAUUCCUUGCAUUCACUGAUUGCCAACGGAGGAUAUCAUAACACUUCGUACGGGCCUGAAAAGUGGAAGGCAUUGAUUGGCCCCGAAGCCUCAUUGCAGAGGACCUGUUACAAGGAGGGUUUUAAUGUUCAACCUGAUUCUUCUACCUCCAAAGCUAGAAUUGGCAUAGUUGGUGGCCAACAAUGCUAUUCAUAUUAUAUGACUUCCAGAGUUGGUUUUGGUACUGGAGGUCGGCCUGAUGAUAGCAGCUCGUGUGGAAACGAGGAUCAGCGCGGCGGUAAACAUUUAAAAGCGAUGGGGUACAUCUUUGUUCAGUGACAUAUCGACUUGUAAACGCUCGAGCCUUUUAGCACUGUUUAAAACUGGUUAAAAAUUUAAUGAAGCAAACUGUUCGAUUGAAGAUUUACACCGAAGGGAAAUUCUGAGAUGUAUCUAUAAUGAUAAAUUAAAAUAAACGAUGAAUGA